AGCAAUAUUUACAACAAGUAAAAAUAUAGUCAAAAUGAAUACUACGUUGAAUGUUGCACGCAUUUUUAACAUAUCCCUCAAACGAUAUGUAAGUACUGGUAAAUUACCUCCCGAAAUAGUUAUGCCAAUGAACAGGGAGAUGAUCGUCUGUUGGCAUCCGCAACCAGAGUUUCCUUACGAAUGUUCGUUACCAUUGCCAGAAGAAAAAGAACUUUCGUCAAACUCUGUCUUAUGCAUCGGUGAAAAAGAAAUCGCAGAAAGUUUCAAGCAUAAAAGACCCGAAGUAGUGAUCGAAGAACUUUCAAAAAUAACGUAUACCACGAAACAUAGAUGGUAUCCCAGAAAUUGGGCCAGGAGGAACAGAUUUACGGAACCGGACAGAACAUACUUAUAAAUAUAAUUUGUAAAUCUGAACAGUGUAGUUAAAAAAACUAAUUUUCAUAUU